AUGCAGUGGGUGCGUUAGCGACAUCAAAAUGCAUUGGUCAUGUUGAGGCUGCAGCAGGAGAAGCGUGCGGUAGAUUCCCUUCUCAGGUUGCUAACAGUGUGCGAGGACGUGUAUAAGCGAACGUAGUAGUUGCCUCGACGACGUAUGAUGUGACGCGUGAAAGUGGCGAGUACGCUUUUCGGUUGUAGAAAGCGGAACAGAGUGAUCCUGGCAGCACACCCGUAUCAUACUCACCUGCGAUUCUCCGGAGCAGAGGAACGAGUGAAUGACGGACAGACGAGUGGCGACGAGUGCGGUCUUGCAUACAGUAUGGAAAUAAUCUGUUAAACGACGGUAUGCUACAGUGCUUCGAUCCAUGGUGGAGUCCUCGACGGAGCGAUGACGGCCGUCAGGUCGCCCACCGCACAAUAAUUGUAUAGAGUGUAUACGAUGAAUACACAUAAUAAUACAGUCUCCGCUGAUUGAGCGCGUUGAGAAAAGAAGAGCGCGAGAGUGAGAGUGACUAGAGCAAACAUCCGUCAUGUUCCAUUAUUUGCAUCUCAGGAGUCGAUUUCUGCAGACCCUGAUCUUCGCGUUGAUCGGCCUUACUUUCUAUGCAUACUACCGUACCACUAUGUAUGAUGUUCAUCAGUAUAGCUUACCAAGAAAUGCCAGUUACUCUGUGUAUCAGGAUGGUCUCCAUGUGCAUACAAAUCUCAGCGUGGAGACGCGAAUGACAACAGCGGUGUCGAAAAAUUCCAGUUCAGACAACACACUUCUGAAUAGCCCGUACCCAGCGCACAAUGUAAGCAAUAACUUCUCGACCUUUAUCACGACGCUGUCGACAUUUUCUAGCGCGCAAUCCUCAUCUUUAUUGUCUUCCGCUAACAUAGUAGACAAUUCGAAACAAACCGCGAACGAAAAGUUGCAAACGGCAAAAAUUGCCAACAUGACUAAACCGAAACCGAUUGCAAUCCGAAACGAUUCGGCGCGCGCCAUAUACGAGGCUGGGCACAUGGUGUCGAUUCCUGAACGUUGCCCGAACUUCGGUAAAGACAUGAAUCUGGUGGUGAUCGUCAUGUCCGCGCCAACGCAUUUCGAUGCACGAACAGCGAUCCGGCAAACCUGGGGGCAUUUCGGUCAGCGCAGUGAUAUGAGCGUGCUCUUCAUGCUCGGCACCACUCUCGACACCAAAGUGGAAUCAAUUCUGCGCAAGGAACAACACAUGUACAACGAUGUAAUACGUGGCCGCUUCCUCGACUCGUACUCGAAUCUCACGCUCAAAACCAUCUCGACGUUGGAAUGGGUAGACACUUACUGCUCCAGAGUUAAGUACCUGCUGAAGACGGAUGACGAUAUGUUUAUCAAUGUGCCACGACUGCUGGCCUUUGUGAACAAACAUGCGAGGGACCGUAACGUGAUAUUUGGCCGAUUAGCCAGGAAGUGGAAACCGAUACGGAAUCGGAAAAGCAAAUACUAUGUAUCGCAAGUGCAGUUCCAACAGCCGGUCUUUCCGGACUUCACAACCGGGCCGGCGUACUUACUGUCGAGCGACACGGUGAGCCGUCUGUACGACGCUGCUCUGAAUCAAACGUACCUGAAGCUCGAAGACGUGUUUACCACAGGCAUCGUCGCGCACAAACUUGGCAUCAAACGCUCGCACGCCAACGAGUUUCUGAAUAAACGGAUACAGUACACACCCUGCAACAUCCAACGCGGCAUCAGUAUACACAUGGUGAAAUACAGUGAGCAGUUCGAUCUGUGGAAGAAACUGCUUGACGGUAAGAGUAAAUGCAAAUGAUAACUAUUGAAGCCGAAGAUGACGAAGGUCUUACGCUUGACCCCGGUGAAUCAAAUGGUACGAUUGGUACCGCCCUAAUGUGAUUUGUAUGAUCAGUUAAACGCUAACUAGCUGAGACAAAAUCAACCACUGUUUCACAUACGUACGGUGGCCUCACAUACGUAGCAACUCACGCAUGCACACCUACAUUCGGUUUAAUGUAGAUAAUACUCAAUAAUACUCAAUAAUACUCGAUAAUAUGCAUGAAGAAUACGAUCAAAAAUUGUUGUUGCGCGAAGCAUCUCGCCGCUUAAAUUUUUACACAUUGCACCAAUCAUUUUGCGAUGCAAACCUUUCUCACAUGAGAUUGAAUAAAAAUAACAAUUUUUAUUUUGAAAGAAUUUAUUGAAGGAAUUUUUAGUUCAUAUAUUUUUUAUAACUUUUUAAAUAAUAUUAUAACUUUUUCGAUUUUUUGGCUUUUUCACGAUAUGUUGCUCAACUAUUCUCUCAUAGAUAUGACUCAUUUUUGUUGCACGUUUAGCGGCGGACAUGUACAUCUAAUUUACAUUUUGUAUUUAUACAGAUCGCAUUCCACGAAAUGCAAUGUAUAAAAUGUAUAUACGAAACGGAAUCGGAUUGCCGCUAGUAUUAAGUGCGAAAAGAAUACGAACGAAUAUUUUUAAUGGCGUAAUGUAGGCUGUUAGCAGCAAGGUUCCUAAAGAUUUUUUUUGUGUAAUCGGCAAUCGUUACACAUAUAGAUAUGCACAUAGUGAUCUGCGAUAUAAUCAGUUUCAAAAUAAUAUUUAACGUAAAUAAUUACGUAACAAUAUCUAUCUAAUGUAUGAUGUAUUAAAUAUUAAGCGCACUUUUUCCCAAUUAAAAGAAUCGAAAUAAUUUUUUCUUUGAGAAAAAAUAUAAAUGAUAGGCGAUUUUUUUUUUAAAUCGAGAUUUCAUGACGAUAUUUAUUAAGGACUUUUAAUGCAUUCCUAUAGUAUUGGUGGAUUUUACUUUUAAGAGGAUGCUGGAGUGCCUGACGAACUCCGACGCGAAAGCGCCAUCAUUUCGAUGGAACUAAAAAUUAGA